AUGACUAAUAGGCAACUCCAGAAGCCAAUGUAUUUCUUUCUCAGCAACUUCUCUUUCCUAGAGAUUUGGUACAUCUCUGUCACAGUCCCUAAAAUGCUAUACGACUUCCUUAGUCUUAGAAAGACUAUAUCUCUGGUGGGGUGCUUGACACAGUUUUACUUCUUUUUUUUCUUUGGUUCCACUGAGAACCUUCUUCUAGUUAUUAUGUCAUUUGACCGAUAUAUUGCCAUCUGCUACCCCUUGCAGUACCUAAUCAUCAUGAAUGAGAGAUUUUGUCAAGUUUUGGCAGCUGCAUCGUGGCUGACGAGUGUCAUUGCUAUGAUAAUUGUGAUCAUCCCUGUAAGCCAGUUGUCCUUUUGUGGUGUAAAUGAAAUUGACCAUGUUUUCUGUGACUUUUCCCCAUUGGUCAAAAUCUCGUGCAACGGGUCCACAUUAACUGAGAUCAUUUUCUUUCUUUUGGCUGGAGUUGUAAUGAUAGGAUGCUUCACCCUCAUCAUGGCUUCCUAUGUCCGUAUCUUGCUAACUGUCCUGAGCACCUCUUCAUCUUCUGGCCUACGGAAUGCACUUACUACUUGUACCUCACAUUUAAUUGUAGUCUUUAUUUACUAUGGAACAGUGAUGUUCAUGUACAUGAGACCUUCAGCUAUGGUCACCUAUCAUACGGACAAAAUAGUGUCUGUCUUCUACUCAACACUUACCCCAUUCCUCAACCCAAUUAUCUAUAGCCUGAGGAACAAGGAAGUCAAGGAAGCCAUAAAGAGGACUUUAAGGAUAUCAUGUCAGAGGAUCCACAAACAAAAGAGUGUUCAAAAAUUAUCUGUUACUACCUGGCAAAAAACAGUAUUGAAAAGGUAG